UUGGUGUACAGCAAUGAGGAAAUGGAUAUAUUAUUGGCUACGUGUGCUAAGUUUGGAGCAAAGGUCAUCAUUGAUACUUCAUUCUCCGGAUUAGAAUACAGUGCAACUAGCUGGGAUUUGAAGAAUUCUUUGUCGAAAUUGGAUUCAUCCUUGUCUGUUUCGCUUCUUGGAUGUCUAUCUUUGAAUUUACUCAGUGGAGCUCUGAAACUCGGGUUUCUAGUUUUGGAUCAGUCUGUCAUUGACGCCUUCCAUACCCUCCCAGGCCUGAGUAAACCACACAGCACUGUGAAAUAUGCUGCUAAGAAAAUGUUGGCUCUCAAAGAAGAGAAGGCGGGUGACUUUUUGGAUGCCGUUUCUGAAACCAUUAAAACGUUGGAGGGCAGAUCCAAACGCUUAAAAGAGGUAUUAGAGAACUCUGGUUGGGAGGUUAUCCAACCCUCAGCGGGAAUCUCAAUGGUGGCAAAGCCGAAAGCUUAUCUCAACAAAACAGUAAAGGUGAAAGCAGCAGGAGAUGGACAGGAAGUCAAGCUUACGGAUUCAAAUAUGAGGGACGUGUUCCUCAGUCAUACUGGUGUCUGCUUGAACAGCGGUUCCUGGACCGGAAUUCCUGGUUACUGCCGCUUUUCAUUUGCAUUGGAGGAUAGUGAGUUUGACAAGGCUAUUGAAUCAAUAGCUCAGUUUAAAAGCGUGCUUGCUAAUUGAAACGUGCUUCUUUCAUUUACGCUGCCAUCUUCUUGAACUUGAACUUGAACUAAGGGGUCAUUGUGCAUUGCUGGUUCUUGGACU